AUUUUUGAAGCAACAAGCAGCACGAGUAAAACAUGACAAUAAUAACUGCUAUUGCUGAUUAACUUUCAGAAGAUAACAUUAAUACAGUACAGGAAGAGACUAAAUUGAAGAAAAACCGAAGAAAGAUGUCACAUUCUGGAAUUAAACGUUUUUUACAUCACAAACCCCCUGAGAUAAAUUCUGUAUUUGCAUAUCUGGUGUUUAAAAAAGUUCCGCUAGCGAGCGUGCUGUGAUGGAUAAGGGUUUCGUAUAUAAGGAAAGGAACGCUAUCUUGCAGUGUCAGAGUAAGUGGUGCUCUAGUUCAGAACAAAAGAACACAAUGGCUCCGAUGCGAAUAAUCUUAUUGUUCGUAAUGAUCAAUGUCAGCUUGGAAUUGCCACUCAAAAGUCAUCGUGGUUCCCAUGGUCAUCCUAUACCGCCUGAGCCACGAUUCAAUGGAAUUUUUGAUGAUGGUUACAAUCACGAUGAAAUUGCCAGUAACAUAAAAUCUUGGAAUCCAAAUGAUCUACAAAAUGUUUGGGAACUGAGCGGUUUACAUGAAGGUGAUAUAAUGGUUCAUCCAGAUAGUCCAUCAGGGAAGAACGGUCUUCUAGACGCUACAGCACGAUGGCCCGGCGGUAUCGUCCCCUAUUUUAUACAAGAAGAUGAUUUUGACAGAGAUCAAAUCGAAUUAAUCAAAGGAGCUAUGCAAGAGUACCAUGAAACCUGCUUGCGUUUUCGAUCUUACAAAGAUACCGACGACGAUUACGUGACAAUACAAGCGAAAAAGUCCGGAUGCUGGUCCUUGGUGGGUCGUCACGGUCAUGGACAGGUAUUGAAUCUACAGAAUCCGGGAUGCGUUCAUCAUGGUGUUGUCGUGCACGAGCUCAUGCAUGCCUUAGGCUUUUACCAUCAGCAGAGCGCCACGGAUCGAGACGAGUGGGUCACCAUACAUUGGGAAAAUAUUAAAUUGGGUAAGGAGCAUAACUUCAAUAAGUAUGAUAAUCGCACUGUUACCGAUUAUGGUGUCGGCUAUGAUUACAAAAGUGUCAUGCACUACAGCUCCCACGCGUUCUCCAGGAAUGGAGAACUUACUAUUACGCCGAAGAAAGAGAAGGUAAAACUUGGUCAGCGAGACGGACUCAGCGAAAAGGAUGUGGCCAAGGUGCAAGCAAUGUAUAAAGAGCAAUGUGAUGAUCGUAAACCAGAAGGAAGUGAUGGUAAUUCUUCCGAAGGUUCUUCCGAAGAGAUUUCUAUAGGAUGGAUAUUCGAUUAAAUUUACUUUCAAACAAUCAGAUUUUAGAAGAUAUAAUAAAGCGUACAUAUAUCUGUCUGCAAAGUAUCUGUAUAUUUUCAUGUUUUUAAAUUAAAAUACAUUUAUUAUUUUAGUACAAUUUAUAAAAAUAUCACAAAUAUUUCUUAAGUAUAAUUAUCAGUUUGUCCAAAAAUAAAGAACUUUAUUUUAAGGCA